UCCCCCCGUUGGGGGUUUCUUACCUUCGCUGGAGUGCUGCUCUCCGGCUCUUUGGUCUCCCGUGCCAUCGUUGUGUUGAAAGGAGAUAGCAAGAUGAGUCAAGAUAAAUGGACAACGCUGAGCCCUGCCGAGUUCUCCCAGCUCCAAACAUACACUGAAUAUACCAACAAGAAAGUGAAGGAUGUCCUUGGGGAGUUCCGGGAGGGUGGAAUCCUUUCCAAGUAUGACCCCGAGCAGCCGAUUGACUUUGAGGGAUUCAAGCUGUUCAUGAAGACAUACCUCGAGGCAGAGGUCCCAGAGGAGCUGUGCCGACAUCUCUUCAUGUCGUUUACACGCACGGACAGGCACCCGGCUCCCCUGGGUCAGUCACAGUGUACGAGCACUUCACAGAUCAUCGAGACCGACAGUGGCAAGGCCGGUGAGAAGAGGCUUGGCCAGAAAGGCGGUGGGGUCGGUGGACCGAGUCUCGUAAAGUCUGCUUCUCUGGGGGAUGUCAGCCAGACACAGGCUGUGCACCUCAAGGAUAUUGUGUGCUACCUCUCGCUGCUUGAGGGCAGCCGACCCGAAGACAAGCUGGAGUUUAUGUUUCAUCUGUAUGACACCGACAGCAAUAAACUGCUCGACAGCUCGGAGGUGGACCGCAUAAUCACACAGAUGAUGCACGUGGCUGAAUACUUAGAGUGGGAUGUUACAGAGCUGAAACCGAUCCUUCGCGAUAUGAUGCAGGAGAUCGACUAUGACCAAGAUGGCACGGUGUCUCUGGAAGAGUGGAUACAAGGUGGAAUGACGACGAUCCCCUUGCUCGUGCUUCUCGGCCUGGAGUCGAACGUGAAGGACGACGGACAGCACGUGUGGAAAUUGAAGCACUUCAACAAACCGGCGUACUGCAAUUUCUGCAAGGCCAUGCUCAUUGGCCUGGGCAAGCAGGGCCUCUGCUGCACAUUCUGUAAAUACACGGUCCAUGAGAGGUGUGUUGCUAAGGCGCCGCUAAACUGCAUCAGCACUUACGCCAAGUCCAAAAAGAGUGCCACCGUGAUGGACCACUAUUGGGUGGAAGGCAACUGCCCUGCCAAAUGCGACAAGUGCCAUAAGAGCAUCAAGUGCUACCAGGGCCUUACGGGGCUCCACUGCGUAUGGUGUCACAUAACGCUGCACAACAAGUGUGCUUCGCACGUGAAGCCGGAGUGUGACUGCGGUCAGUUAAAGGACCACGUCCUUCCCCCAAACACGAUCUUCCCGCUAGUUCUGACAUGUGAGCCACAGGAGCGACAGAUGUCGGUGCAGAGGACAGACAGUGGCAGCGGCGUGUCGCUGGACGACGACGUACUGCGGCGUUUUCAGCGCACCAACUCGGUGACAGGCGACGGGCACGCUCUGCAGAUUACACCUACUACUGGCACCCACCCCUUGCUCGUUUUUGUCAAUCCAAAAAGUGGAGGCAAACAAGGAGAAAAAAUUCUCCGAAAGUUUCAAUACCUUCUCAAUCCUCGGCAAGUGUAUAACCUCAAUAAAGGCGGUCCAUUUCCAGGAUUGAACUUCUUUCGUGACGUCCCCGAUUUCCGAGUGCUCACUUGCGGUGGAGACGGCACUGUGGGCUGGGUUUUGGACUGCAUCGACAAACUCUCUCUGCCAAAGCGUCCACCUGUAGCAGUCCUUCCUCUUGGCACAGGAAAUGAUCUGGCUCGGUGUCUGCACUGGGGUGGCGGUUAUGAGGGCGGCAGCCUGCGCAAGACCCUGAAGGACGUGGAGAACAGCACUCCGCUCAUGCUGGACCGCUGGAGUAUCGAGGUCGUUGCCACGGAUCUCGACGAAAAGGGCGACCCUGUACCUUACUCCAUCAUCAACAACUACUUCUCCAUCGGCGUGGAUGCCUCAAUAGCUCACAGAUUUCACCUGAUGAGAGAGAAGCACCCAGAGAAAUUCAACAGCCGGAUGAAGAACAAGCUGUGGUACUUUGAAUUUGGGACAUCAGAGACGCUGUUUGCUACCUGCAAGAAGCUCUACGAGUUCAUGGAGGUGGAGUGUGACGGCGUGCAGCUGGAUCUGGCCAACAGUUCUCUGGAGGGCAUCACAGUGCUGAACAUUCCGAGCAUGCACGGCGGCUCCAACCUCUGGGGGGAGACCAACACUCGACGGGUCAGCCGACGCAGCAGCAUGCGGAGGAGUGGCCGAGAGAAGGUUCAAGCCACCAUUGCCGACCAGCGCGAACUCAAGUUCUGCCAGCAAGACCUCAGUGACCAUCUGCUGGAGGUGGUUGGGCUGGAUGGAGCUAUGGAAAUGGGCCAGAUCUACACGGGGCUGAAGAGUGCAGGUUCCCGCUUGGCCCAGUGUUCCUCCGUGACCAUCAGGUAG